GUCCAUUGACCUGGUAGGCCUAAAAGUCCUCCGAAGUUGUAAAAGAGUAGUAAUUCCAAACCGUAAACCUUACUGGAAACUUCCCUGCUCCCUCACUUCCUAAUAUCCCUUUUUGCCUUAACCAUCGUUAUUUCAUUCAUCCAUUCACCACCUUCACUACCACUCCUGUAAACCCUUCCCUCCAAGCCAUCCCAUCCUACCAGUAUAAAAAAAAAAAAACCUGAAACCGCAUGGACGCGUACCAACAGUCUCAGAUGUACAUGAAUAUGAGGCCGCCACAGCCACCACUUCCGCCAUCCACGUCGGAUCCCCACCACCAACUCCACCACCACCAACAAUUCCAGCCGCAAAGGCCACAAGCCCCGUGGUUCCCUAACCAAUUCCAGUACCACCACCCUUCCCAGUCCCCGUCGCCUCCGCCACAGUGGCCACCACCUCCUCCUCCUCCUCCUCACUCCGACCACCUCCCUCCUCCUCCUUCUUAUCCUCCACCUCCACCUAACCCUUAUCCUACGCACCCCCCCGUCCACCACAACCAGUUCCCUCCUCCUCCUCCUCCUCCUCCUCGUCCACAGCUUCCUCCUCCUCCUCCUCUGCCACCUCAUUCCCAGGUCCCUCAGUCUUAUCCUCAGGCCAAUCAGGAAUGGGGCACUUCAAAUUGGGGUCAACAACAAAGUUAUAAUUAUCCUGUCCAUGGCAAUGAAGAAGAUUGGGCUGCUAGGGCUAGAGCGUGGGCAGAUGCUAAAACUGCAAUGGAGAAUCAGCAUUCACAGUCUCAAUAUACACCAGCUGGCAGGAUAGAAGACCAAAGUCAUUAUUAUGAUCAGUAUCCACAAUCUGUUGAUUCUCAUUAUUCGGAUAUUCAAAAUCAAUCUCAUCCUGCAUCAAGCUAUCAACAGUUUCCAGUAUCAGGUGUGCCUCUACUCUGGCCAUCAGUACUUCAUACCCAGGAGAAUGCAUUCAGUUCUGAACCAUUUUCUCAUGUUCCAGAUGCACAUCUGCCUUACAGUGUUAGAGACGGGACUUUGGCUGGAGAUUCAAGUGCUAUGUUUCACCAACAAGGAAAUAUGCCCGCAAGUUCAUCUGUUCAUCAGCAGGAGGUACCUUCUAGUUAUUCUUCUAUUACAGGUAAAGAAGAUACUGCAGAUCAAAAUCAGCAGUCAUACAAACUGUUGCCUCCUCCAAAUUCCUCAGCUCAGGAGGGACAGCACCAUGUGCAUCCACUGCCUGCCUCCUUCAUGUAUGGCAAUCAGUCAGCUGAUUCCACAGUUAAUCCUGCUGAUCAGCCUUUGGAUUUUGUGCCUAGAUUUAACCAUGAUUAUGAUUCACACAUGCAAUCUAGUUAUGCUAAUCAUGAUUCAGUUGGACCUGUAAGAGGUGUUGACCCUGUUGCAGCAGGGCAAUUAAAUAAUUGGACUCCUCCUGUUACACCUGGUUUGGUUUAUCCUUCAAUUUCUCCAGAUAUUGCAUCAGGGGCACAGCAUGAUCCUUCCAUAGCCAUGCAUUCCUCCAUUCCUGCACAUGCUGCACCACCAUUUGGAAGAUUCCCUGGACCAGGUCAGCCUACAAUUCCAUCUGGUGGUGCACCCUUUGCCCUAAGUGCUGGAACUGCACUUCAUCCUACAACAGCCUUCUCUGCUGAUGCAUAUGGAAUUUCAACUAUUCCUGAACGCCCUAAAAAGCCGUCAGUGCCUAAUUGGAUUAAAGAAGAAAUAAAGAAAGCAGUCAUUACAACUUCUGUAGAUCAUCUUAAGGAGGAAACACAAUCCAAUGAGGAUGAAGGCAUUGAUAAAUCUUUUGGGAAGGCUGAUCAGGCAGAUAGUAAAAGCGUUGAUUCUUCUAGGUCAACUGAAGAAGAUGAUGAUGAUGAGGAUUACGUGGAAGCAGCAAGAACUGCAGCAAUUAACCAGGAAAUAAAACGUGUUCUAACUGAAGUUCUUUUAAAGGUUACUGAUGAGCUGUUUGAUGAAAUUGCAACUAAAGUUCUUAGUGAAGAUGAUCUAACAGCUGAUGUUGACCAGAACACUGUCACUUCCAAUCAUAAGGUAUCACCAUCAUCUCACCCAGCAGUCGCAGUUCCUAAGCCAUCUGCAAAAGUUCUAAUUCCCACCCUAGCAAAGGAUUCUGACACUAGAAGUGUCAGUGAAAAAUCUAGUACCAGUUCCCCAGGAAAUAUUUUAGGUCUUGCAAAUUAUGCUUCUGAUGAUGAUGAUGGAGAUGAUGAAAUCAAGAGCUCCAGUGUACCAAAUUCUAAUCCUGUUCUUCAGCAGUCAAGCAUUGAAAAGCUUUCAGAAGAUGCACAUGGUGCUGCUGAGAAUGGAAUUUCCAAGGUAGAACUGAAAGAGGACAAUAGAAGUCAGAAAACAAAGGAGAGCAACAAUGGUGAUACUGUUAAUGAGAUGAAUAAUAAUAGGGUGGAUAGAGAUAUGGGACACUCAUAUUCUUCCAAAGUGGUUUCUGAAGAUACUGAUGACGGAAUUAAUGUUAGUGGAAAAAUGCUAGAUGGAACCAAUUCCUCUAGAUCGAAGAACACUGCAGGAGUAAUGGAAUCUGAACAUCCUGAAGAGUAUGUCAAUGUUAAGAGAGCAUCAACAGAUGAUCCCCACCACAGUGAAAUGAGAAGGAAGUUAGAUAAAAGUGAUCGACACGAGAGUAAAAAGAGUUCUGGGAAAGAUGGUGGUAAGAUAAGGUCAGAUGAGAAUGGAGAUGAACGCAGGAGACAAGAUGAAAGGCAUUCAAGAAGGGAAAAAGAAGAUGAUGGGUCAAAGGAGAGAAAGAAAGAUCAAAGUUCUAAGCCUAGGGAAAAAACAAAGGAUUCUGAGUCAAGAAAAAGGUCUGACCGUCUUGAGGUCAAGGAUGACAGAAAAGAAACAGAGAGGCUUCAUAGAGCUAGUGCUAAAGAAGAUACCAAAAGAAAACAAGAACGCAGAAAGGAUGAGGAGGAAGAUAGAUCAAGACAUAAAAAUGCAAGCGAUUCAAGCAGGCACAAAAGAAGGCGUUCUUCUUCCAUCAGCAGUAAGGGUAGAAACAGUAAAGACAACUCAGUUAGUCAUGCCAAUGAUUCAAGUGAUGACACCUCAGACAAUUCUAAAAGGAAGCUGCAAUCGAGAAAACGUCACUUAUCACCAUCACCUGUCAGGUCUAGGAGAAGACAAGUUUCGCGGUCCCCACAUAGCAAGCAUUCUCAGCGCAGGCAUUCUCCCUACUCUUCUCUUGAUACCACCAGGGGAAGAAGGUCAAGAUCCAGAUCUCCUGUUCGACGACAGGUAUUCCAAGUUGGACUAUGCUCAGUUUGGCUAUCUGGGUUUGUGUUGAUUGCUCUCUCCCUCUAUGUUACUCAGAGGUUACCUUCUCUCAAUGAUCGGAUCAAAGUGUCAAAACUCAAUCUUGGUGAUCUGGGAAAACCCAGAAUUACCAUUUUCUCAGCUCCUAGCCCAUUUAAUGGCUCUGUUGGGGCUAGGCAGAGUCUAGCUAUUCGGUCAUGGCUUGCUCUGUCCCCACAAAUUUCUGUUCUUCUCUUCAGCCAACACCCUUCUGUUGUUUCCUUCGCUGGUGAUUUCGGUUCACGGGUUUUGGUUGAACCCAACAUUGAUUUCACGUUUCUUGGUACUCCAUUCUUCCAUUCCAUGAUAGCAAGAUCGUGGUCAUUCACAUCAGAUAUUUUUGUUCUCAUCGAUCCUGAGACCAUUCUUCUCAAUGACUUCAUUUCCACUCUUAACUAUGCUUAUGAACUUGACCGUGAUUGGCUCCUUGUUGCUUCUUCACGAAAUAUUUCCCACUUCCCAUUCUACUUGGAUGAGGCUGGGAAACGUUGGCGAAGAGGGGAUGGCAAGUGGAUGAGAACCCAGGAGUUGCAGGAGAUACUAUGUCAAAGUUGGCAGUGGAAUCAUUGUAAAGGGAGAAUGCUUAUGGCAUGGAACAGCGGGGAUUUGCCCUUACAUACUGGCGUUCUUCCUCCUUUCUUGUAUGGGAAAGGGAUUCACAACAAUUGGCUUAUUAAUGAGGCCAUGUCAUCUGAUUUCAGGUUUGUGUUUGACUCCAGUUGGACCAUCUCAAGUUUCCACCUAUAUGAUCCAGAGCCUUGGUCUAGUGGAGUAGUCGGAAAUUCCAAAGUUUCAGGUAUUGAGAUGAGAAGCUGGGAGUAUGUUGGAAAUUCCCAUAUUGGGGCACUGUAUGGAUCCUUGUUGUAUCAUGAAGCUAAUUAUUCUAGCCUUGUAAAACUAUUGAAGUGUGACAGAAAAUAUAUUUUCUUCAACCCAACGGAAAACUUUGUUUAUCCAUAUGGAUACCAGAGUUCAUUCAGAUUAUGGAAGGAAAGGAUCUUGCAUCCCUGGAGGAAAAGGAGGAUCAUGGCUUGUAUUGAUGGUAUUAAUUCACUGGAAAAAAUACCGGAUUGCUCUCUGAAGGAUCAUAUGAAGCUCUCAACACCAUUAGAAUUUGCAUUCUCCUUGGAGUCACUCCUUCCUUUUAUUGCAGACAAGAACAAGACAAUUGUUCUUGCAGUUGCUGGAUAUAGUUACAAGGACAUGUUAAUGAGUUGGGUGUGCAGGUUACGCCGCCUCCUGAUUACAAAUUUUAUGAUUUGUGCUCUUGACCAGGAAACCUAUCAGUUCUCUGUCUUGCAGGGCCUGCCAGUUUUCAAGGAUCCGUUGGCUCCAAGUAACAUCAGCUUCAAUGAUUGCCACUUCGGAACAAAAUGCUUUCAAAGGGUGACCAAAGUGAAGUCCAGAAUGGUUUUGACGAUACUGAAGCUUGGUUACAAUGUACUGCUUAGUGAUGUGGAUGUAUAUUGGUUUGAAAAUCCAUUGCCAUUGCUUUACACUUUUGGCCCUGCUUUUCUUGUGGCACAGUCAGAUGAAUACAAAACAACAGGACCAAUAAACUUACCUAGGCGCUUAAACUCUGGUUUCUACUUUGCUCGUUGUGAUGAUUCAACAAUUGCUGCUAUGGAGAGGGUGGUGAAGCAUGCAGCAACUUCUGGCCUCUCUGAGCAGCCAAGCUUCUAUGACACGUUAUGCGGGGAAGGUGGAUCCUAUCGUGUGGGUGACAAUAGAUGUGUGGAACCUGAAACAAAUCUGACUGUUUAUUUUUUGGACAGAGACCUCUUCCCCAAUGGUGCUUACCUAGAUCUGUGGAGGAAGAAAAAUGUUAAAGCUGCCUGUGUGAAGAAGGGUUGUCUUGUUCUCCACAACAAUUGGAUUAGGGGGAGACUGAAGAAGCUGGAACGCCAGGUAUUGUCAGGCUUAUGGGAUUAUGAGUCUGGUACAAGGAUGUGCUUGCAAAGUUGGCACAAUUUCAAAUUGACAAACUAAUGGGGCCUAGGUGAUGCUUUAUCAUCCUUUAUACAAGGCUCACUUUUGGUUUUCACUUCCAAGAAGAGACAAAAAUUACUCCAAGAAGAGAUACAGAUGAAGCCAUUCCUUCUUCCAUGUUUUUGACUUUGCUGAGCAUUGGUUUCAUCACUGCUGCUUAUUGGAAAUUAUUAAUUAUAAGAGCCGGCCAUGAAAAAUAAAAUAGAAUAUACAUUUGUCAAUGCUCAUUGGUGCUAGUAUACCUCUGGCAAAUAAAAGUGUUCCAUAUUCCCUGCCAGCGGAAUAUAAUGAAACAUUUGGAUAUAUGACAUUUGAUUGCUGGCUAUGAUGAAGGGGUGUAUUCAGUUGCUGGGGAUGGGUCACAACAGAGAAACUAGAAGGAAGAAAUACUUGGAAGGAGCUUCCAAGGACACAGAAUUUAGAAGAAUAUCGGGAGUUUCCAUAUCAUUGGACAUUAGCCUACAAUCAAAGAAUAUUUUUUUGAGGAUAGUUCAUGCAGGUGGGCAAGAGGAACAGUAUCAAGAUGCGGUUCCUGCAUCUCGAUUGAUGGAAAAAUAUCCUGGGAUGUUUGUUGCCAGGACAGAAGUUUUCACAAAUCCACAUAAGUCCCUCUUACACCCAGAAGAGAAUCUCUUGCCUGGUCAGAAAUAUUAUAUAAUCCUAUCCAGGACUGUACAGAAACUGAAGCAUUGAUACCCAGAGAAGGCCCAAGUCAAAGAAAUUUCCGAAGAAGAAGAGUGGGAUUCAAAGAUCAUCAUUGAUGCAGGUGAAGUAAGUAUGGAGGAAUCUGUUUGUUCCGCAAAAGAAUUUUAUCUCUCCAGGGAGAGGUGGUCAAAAUGUUCAAAGAAAAAAGGUAUAAGAAAUAAAACACCUUUCGUACCCCCCCUCCUAAAGGCAAAAUCAUUCAGAGGAUUUCCAUGGGAGCCCAGCCUAACUUCUGUACUGGAGCUCUCUCCAUGACUUGGUUCUAUGAGAUGCUUCUCCACAUGUGGUACAUGGUCUUUCCGAGCAAGUGAAUUGCUCAUAUAAAUGUGUUGAUUGCAUGGAGAAGGUUACGAGAGCUUUUAUAUGUGCUUUGUGUACGUAAGGAGUCUCCUCUUUUGAAUAAAAUUCUGAUUAUUUAUACAGAUUUUAAAAAAAAUGCAUGGAGAAACCUGAGAGGGAAAUGUACUCACUAUGAUGAAUUGAAAGUUCACUAUUUUCAGUGCUAUAA